CUCACGAAGAAACCCCAAGCGAUUAGCAUACUAGCUAACGUUAGUCACAACCAAUCCACAAUCGCGUUUCUAAUCACGAGUGGAGCGUUCCGCCGUCGGCAUCAACCAACAGAGAAGUCUGUUCACUGUGUUGGGGGGCGGGAGUUCCUGGAGCUAGAGUCUUCGGUGUGACUGCGAAAACAGUGUGAUGGUCGCUACUCUCCGAAUGGGAAAGGAAAACUAGCUAAUUUUCCUGUCCUCCUCUGAAACUAGCCAGAUUGCAAGACGAAAAGUGGAAGGCUCUGAAACUAAGAAGACUGAAAAUAGAACGUUCUUCAAUUUCACAACUCUUAACAACCCCCGACUGGCAGAAUUCGAAGAAUAACACGGCUGUUUUUGUUUUAACCCUGUGACGAAAAAGAACAAGUUGGCUAAAAACUUAAUGUAAUUACACAAGAUAACAUUUUAAAUUGGUUUCGCUUUUAGCAAAUUUAGAAGGUGCUCAGAGUUUACCACGUAAGUUAGUUAGCUAGUCUAACCUUCGGAGUUAUUUAAUUUCAAGUUAAAUCAAGUGAAAACAGUCUGGAAGCCAAGACAAGGCCCACAGUCAUUGCAGCGCCGUGCAUUGAGAGUCGACAGCCUACUCGGUGACGCAAGUGACUUCUCGUUGAGGAGCCUAGAAGUGGAUGGCUCAUGACUUCUGACCAGGAUACAAAAGUUGUCGCUGAACCCCAGGUGCAGCAGGUACAGGAAGCUAAAGACAGCCCAUCUCUGGAAUCCAACAAGGUCUCUCAUCUUAACCCGAAUGCGAAAGUAUGGGCCAAUCACAUGCUGAGCCUGGAAGCUGCAGGGACCGCUGACUCCGCCCCCACCCCCGACCAAUGGAAGGAGGCCUCUGACAUCACAGCCGACCCCGGCCCGGAAGGGUAUGACGCCACCGAGGACAAGGAGGCGGAGUACGUGGCGCCGUUGCUAUUGGACGCCGAUGAUCCACCCCCGGUCGCGCUGAUCGAGCCCGCCAAAAUGGCCGCCGUCACCCUGGAGGUUCCGGAUCCGGCGUACACCGAGUUUGAGCCCGCGCAGGACUCCAGCCAGACUGGGGGCAGCGAUGCGCACCUGGAAGAUGAGCUGGGCGACCUGCGGGAGCAUCUGAAGAAGACCCUGGAGUUCUGCCUCUCCCGGGAAAACCUUGCCAGCGACAUGUACCUUAUCUCUCAGAUGGACAGUGACCAGUAUGUGCCAAUUAUGACCGUGGCGAAUCUGGACCAUGUGAAGAAGCUGAGCACCGAUGUGGAUUUGAUCGUCGACGUUUUACGGUCUUUGCCUUUGGUCCAAGUGGACGAGAAAGGCGAGAAGGUACGACCGAACCAGAACCGCUGCAUCGUCAUCCUCCGGGAGGUCCCCGAGGCCACGCCCCUGGAGGAGGUGGAAGGGCUUUUUCAGGGAGAGAACUUGCCCAAGUUCAUCAGCUGCGAGUUUGCGUACAACGACAACUGGUUCAUCACCUUCCAGUCAGAGUCUGACGCUCAGCAGGCAUAUCGGUACCUUCGGGAAGACGUGAAAGUUUUUCAAGGGAAGCCUAUAAAGGCCAGAAUAAAAGCCAAGGCCAUCGCCAUCAACACCUUUUUGCCAAAGAAUGGCUACAGACCGGUGGACGUGAACCCGUACGCCCAGCAGCGCUAUACCUCCUUCUACAUCCCCCCGGUGUACAGCCCCCAGCCGUUCCCCCUGUCACGCCUGAUCGCCCCCGGCCUGGUGCCCCCGCAGGUGACGCCGUUUCACAACACCGGAUUCAUUAACGGAUUUACGACGUCUCACGGUUUCAAGCCCGCGACGUCGCCUCUGUCUGUCCGACAGUACUCUCCCAGGAACAGGUGUGAGAACGCCCCCCUCCCGCCCCCCUUUACCCCCCCCACCCCCCCGAGCGCACGCGGUCUGGUUAUCCACAAUGGCCGCAGCCGCGACGUCCCUCUCCCGCUGGGCCCGGGAAGGAAAAAUAUUUAUGGUUAUAGGAAAAAGAGGGACGACAAGUUUACAAGGGGCCCCACCCAGUCCCCCCCGCCUCCCCAGAAGCCCCCCUCCCCGAGCUUCGAGCUGGGCCUGUCCAGCUUCCCCCCGCUGCCAGGCGCCGCCGGCAACCUCAAAACCGACGACCCCCUGGAGACCCGACUGUCCGGCACGGCUGCCCGAGCCGCCAAGGACAAGAAUGUAAACACGGAUGCCAGUACCAACACUAUGCCGUCAGGAAUCCCUAAAGAGCCCCAGACUGUUACUACCGCCCCCCCGCCGGCCUGCACAGAGCGCCCCCCCACCCCCCCGCUGCCCCCGCUUGAGCUGAAGGUUCCGGAGGAGCAGCAGAAGGAGACUCAGGCCCCCCCCACGGAGCGGCUGGCUGCCCCCCCGGCCACUGCAAGCAAAUCUGUGCAAGUGAACGGCGCUUCGACGGAGCUUCGGAAGCCCAGUUACGCGGAGAUCUGCCAGCGGAUAAAGGACACGGCCGCGACGCAGCCACCGCCACCGAAAGAGCCCAAGCCCGCCGCCACGGAGGAGAGGAAGACUCCCGAGCAGGCCGGCGACCGGGGGGAGCCCCGAAACAGAGACACGCACCCCUCCAAGCCCGCCCCGCCCCGCCCCAGAGAGGCCCGGAGACCGGCUGGGCGGUGGCCCUCCCCCCCUCCGCCCCCCACCCCAAAAUCCCCGCACUAAGAUCACUACAGCACAGGCCGAGGCCUCUGGGCUGCUCGGAAUCUGUCCCACAGUAAUACAGCCACUGCCCACCAGGGGGCGCAUCACCGGAUCAGGGGCUCUCCAACAGAACGGAAAAACAAAAACAAGCACUUUUAGUGUGUAGAGCACGAUCUUUAUUUUAUUUUUAUUUUAUUUUUUUCCUUAUUUAAGUUUUAUUUCUUGUUUGUUUCUUCUCAUUUUUUUUGCUUUGUCAGUUUGGCAUUAAUCAGACUUCCUGUUUGUGCGGGCUUUGCGCGAUGGGUUUGCUCUGAGCUCGAGUCAAGCCUGGCUUCCGCGAGGAGUUUCUGUCCUUUGCAGCUGAUAGAGCUCGUGCUGAGCUACUUUAACCCUUAAACGGCAGCAGAAAAAUUACUGACAUCGGGGUCGGAAAGUCGGUUGAUGUAGUGCUGAAGAGUUCGACUUUUGUGCUAUAGUCGGUCUUGGGAUGUACCUUUCCUGUGAGCUGGCAGGUAGUUUCCAUACUCAUUUUUGCAUUGCUUAUUUAUCCUAGGUUUGGGUUAGUGCAGUUUUCGGCACGAUUAGAAAACAAACUACACUUUUUUUCUUUUUCGUGGUUUGACAAGUCAUGGAUCCAGGACUGGAAUUCCUUUUGGCCACUAGAAAUCAGAUUUUUUAUUUAUUUUAUUUUAUUUUUUUGUUUUCGACACCAGCCGCAGAUGAGGACAGUUUUUUUUUUUUAUCAAUUAGUCUGACGGCUGAAGGGCUGUUGGGGCCAUAACCGUUUCUUCAUGUCUGUAGUUUAAAGAGAGAGAGCCUUCGUUUUGUACGUAUUUAUUCAAAAUACCAUUUUGUCUUUCGUCCCGGAAAGAAUUUACCAACAAAUUGUAUUUUUUUAAAAAGUUAAAAUUGCCCAAUGCUCGUUUGACCCCCGCUGUAAAUAUUAAAUCCGGGUCAGUAGGAAUCGACAUAUUCAAACUAGAGAUGCUCAUCAGGUGGGUUUGUUGGUGCCUGUAGUUUUUUAAUCGCUGUAAAAUGACCUUGUUCAGCAGGCACAUACGCUACAGGCAGCGAUAAAUGCAGUUGAGUCUCUCCCGCUUCCCCGAAAAAAACACCGUUGGAUGGGUUCAAACGGCAACGCGGUGGUUUCAUUUAGUCAAGGGACUCCUCGAAAUGGUGCUAGCGAUUGUAUCUGGAGCUUGUUACACCAACUUAGCCUGGUACUGUAUUUAGACAAACUUGAUCUACGUUUUAACUUUGCACUACUCGAUUGCCAGAGCGAUUGUUACAUUUGAUUUCAGUUUGUUUCCGGCGAGCCAAUAAAGGGAAGUUUCUUUAACUGACGAAUGGGGGGUAAAUGACGUUGUCUUAGACAUGCAAACCUGGCUUUCUUAUGCUUCCCCUUCUUCUGUGGUGUCCGUUCUUUAUCCAGGUCCGUUUGCUUUAAAUCUAGAAGUGGCCUACUACGAUGCCUAAGGAUUUGAACUUCCUUAAAUUUCACGUUCACAUAUUCUGCUACGUUUCUACAUGGAUACCUAGCAUCAGCAUACAUUUACAUGAAAGUAGAGAAUCCAGACGACGUGCGAUUCCUGUUCGAUUUUUAAAUUUGCCUGAGAGACGCAAGUCCACCCAUGCCAGCCCAGUGUUCUGAAAAUCACUGUAUUGAAAUUCCUCGUCUAACCUCUUGCUUUAAUCAUUUUAUAUCGGACUGUUGUGUCUAUCUUAACUCAAGGGUUAUGAGUUCGCGUUCAGUCUGUUAUAAGUUGGAUGUUAGGCAGAACGGAUUUGCUUUUGUGAGUUUUUUUUUUUUAGGUAUGCUUGGCAGCGGGUUUUCAGCUGUUCAGUAUUGGCUGUUUCGGCCACUUUGUCUUCUCGAUACUCUGUGUUGCGGGAUUAAUUGUCUGGAACCAGCCCCGAUAACGGAAAAUACUGAAAUGAUACUGGGGAAUUGUCGUUGUGACGGCGUGUCGAGCGUAGAGGGUGCUGAUUUGAGUGUAGGCAGGUCCCUUGUUCACUCGGUCUUGGGGGGCACACGGCCAACUUUUGAAUUUGGGGUCUCUUAAGAACCGGGGUGUCAGACUCCCUUCUUGGCGGGCUGUAGUGUCUGUUGGCAUUGGUGAUUUCCUUUCAGUCAGCAGCCAAUUAAGGCCUUGGUAAAAAAAAAAAAAAAAGUGUGUGGGCUUCUUAGCUAAUCAGUGACUUAAAUUAGUCGCUAGUGCUGAAUCUGACCGAAUACCAACAGAUUCUACCGCCCUCCAGGACUGAAGUUUGACACCCCUGGCUUUAGAAUUUGGCAGUGACUGCAGAUUAUAAGUGUUUUCUGUGGAACUUCUGUGCAAACGGGUUCUCUAUUUUGUGUUGUUUCUGGCAGAUGUCGCUUGGCUCUCUUACCGCGUGGUCUGCAUAGUGCACUACUUUGAAACGGGUGUGCGUUAAAAUCCGGACACGCGCCAUUCCGCCGGACCGCGUGCCAAGCGCGCGUCGCCUGAUUAACGUGCGCGCCGUCUCUCUCUCUCUCUCUCUCUCUCCUGUCUCCCGUUGACGUCUUCCUACAGUAUGCACCAUCUUGGAGGAAACAGUUGUAACAUGGAGACACUACGUGAGAUAUCACCCACCAUGACGGUCGUUUCCUCUGAUUAUCUUUACACGUUUGAUGUGUAAAACAAAAAAAAAAAAGACAUUUCUUUUUCGCGAAAGAUAUUGCUGAAGUAAGUUAGAUUCUGAAGGAAUGAAAUGCACUAAGGGUUUGCAGUCUUAGAGGGGUUCUUUUUUAACCGUGGGAUUCAAAAGGACGCGUCGCACAUGCUCAUUAACAAACCAGUGCUGUUUUUUUUCCCGUCAAAUAUAUCACUUAAACAGGUUAUCUUUUUCUUUACUUUUUUUUUGGAAGAACACGAAACAUGAAUAUAUAUAUUUAUAAUUUCCAUCCAGUGUUUGAAAACUUGAAUUUUAUUUAAACUUGAAAAUGACUUUGCCUUAACUUUUAUAUAAGACAGCUUAGUAUCGCUUUUUGAACCCCAAAAGGUUACCGAGAGUGACGUAGUGUACUGCUCCGCUAAACCGGCUGUCCGUAGUCUUACUUGGUCUCAGAAAAAGUAAAAAUCUAUCAGCAGAUAAUUUUUUUGUAAUAUACAUGAAAAAUCUUAUUUGAAAUUCUUUUUUUUUUUUUCAGUUUCUAUUUUCAGUUUGGGGAAAAUAAAUCCUGUAAAUGCAAAUAGUUAAUACUGUAUUAAAUAUGUUCACUUUGAAGUGUGUGCUUUUGCGUGUACAGAUGUAAAUAAUCAGAAAAAGUAUAAAAGAGGUACCUAAAAAUGAUUUAAAAAGUUUAUUGAUCUUGUUGAAAUAUUAAUGUUGUUAUUGAGCUGGAUGUAGAUUAAAUGCUAAAUGUUGUGGUUUGAUUUUUAUUUGAUUUUUUUUUCUGGUGUGUGGAAUAUUCUGCCGUCAUACUGCAAUGUGGGCAGAUGGUCUGAUUGUAAUUUUAACACGUCAUUCUCAUUCCGUUUUCUUGUCGUCCUUGCUCAAUAUCUGGAUUGCUAGAUCGUUUCUGUAAUACAACACCUUUCACUGUGCAGUAUUAAAGCACGGCUUACGGAGUUUGGGUUUGAGAACAAGGGGUUCAAAUGUACACGUUGUCGCAUCCUACCGAUUCAUGAGAUAAAGCCAGAUGCUCUGUUAUAUUGACCCAUAUAACAACAAUGUAAAAUUGUUUCUCCCUUUUCACAAAAGCACAUUGUUUUAAGCACAGUCAUUUGAGGAACCUUGUUAAAAACCCAAACUAGUUCCACCCUUUGGUCUUCAUACGGGCAUACACCAGACAAAAACUGUAACCUAAAAAUGAGUGUGCUAAAUGCAUUUGCGAUUUUUCUGUUUUCAUCUUUUUUUUUUUCUUGUAUGUUUUUUCAAUAGAAGAGAGGUUCAUUCUCCAAAAACGCCUCCCCCACCAACGUCAGAUAAUUAUUGUACAAAUGAUUUGACCUUUCCCAUUGUAAGGUUUGUAGCGAUCACAAAAGUCAAUUUUGUGUAGAUAUUGUUACACUUGUAACGCAGAGGGAAAAUUGAUUUCGGGCAAACUCUGUAACCUCUUGUCCCAGUACGCGCGUGGACUGCAGUCCGCGUGGCAAAAAGUUAACUGUGCCAUUCGUUUCAAAGCUAUGGCGGUUUGACCUGUACAUAGUUACAGCUUGCCAUUCAUAUUUUUUUGAUUAUUAUAUACUGCCGUUAACCGAAGGAAAUGGCGGUAAACCAGCGAUUCAGUCGCGAUCCGGAUACACUCAGACAUCAGAAGUGCAGGCGAUUAUCGCAAAUAAGACGACUGGCAAAUUUGACUUUACCUUUUUGUUUGUUUACAAGUCAAGAAUCGUUGUGUUGUACUCGAUGCUAAUGUAUGCCAAUGUCAGUUGUGUUUAAAGUGUAGCUAUACUGCAUAUACUGUUGUCACAGUACAUUGGGUAUGGAAUUUCUUUUUAUUCUUCCUUUUUUUUUAAACAAAAAAAAUAGAGCUUCUGGAUUGUUUGUGUGUGUGUAUGUGUAUCGAAGUUUGCUAUUUGUCUGCACAAGUGAAACUGAACGCAAGAGUGGGUUUGAACCGGUAUGUAAAGGUUAACCACACGACAAGAAUGAAUUCUGCAAAGAAAGUGGGAGAGAAAAAGGGUUGUGAUGUUACCCUGAGAAAGGUUGUGUUUUGUUUUUAUUUUUUGAUUUUCUUUAUUAAAGAGGAAAAUGGUAGAUGCUUCGUGCGUUGACAUGUUAAAGGCGCGUUUCCUAACCUCGAGAGAGCGGAGACGCUGCAGAUUGUAUGUAUGAUAAGACUUUGCUAUGCUGUGUAAUAUGUACGUUUUGCUUGCACUAAAGUUUUGUUGUGUGUUUGGGUUCUGCGCGUCAUAAUAAUCUGGCCCCUCCCCUUUUCCUCGUCUCUGUGAGCGGUUGACGCUGUGUGUGUUUCGCUGUCGGUGCAGCUGGCCGAUCGGCCGUUUUUUGUGAGUAAAGCAGUGUCAAGACACACUAGCUGACCGUGGUGAUGAGACGCACCGUUGCAUCUGUAUAGUUCUUUGAUCUCCUUUUUUCCCCGUCAUAACACAUCUCACUAACUGCAGUGGACAAUCUGUGAUCUGACUGGUGCGCGGGGCUUUGAGGGCUGGAAGAGAGACGUUAACAGCAGUCAUGGCCGUUAAUGGCGGUUUCAUCGCGAGGGCUUUUGUGUUUCUUACAUUAAGACUGGAAUCAAGCAUACAUGUCAACUAUUGAUAAUUUAAUUUUUUUUUCUUGUCAUGAUGUAAACUGUCUAAUUUGGAAAAAUGUAGCUUACUGAAAGAAAUAAAGAUUUAGGCACUUAUCAAA